UUUCUCCUAAAACUUGUAUCACUCCGCACAUUUGUGGCAAAGUUUUCAUGGAUAUUGAGUCAACAAUGGAAGCAAACAAAGAAGAGUUUUUUGUCUAUUGGAAGAACUGCCUCAAGGCUUUGUCUAGGAACAUCAAGUUUAUGGUUAUCAACUUCAUAAAGAGCAUAACAAAGAUUGGAAAAGAUGAUCCCAGACGAGUAUUUCACUCGUUAAAAGUUGCAUUCGCUCUUACCUUGGUUUCCUUGUUUUACUACUCGAGGCCUCUUUACGAUGGUUUCGGAGACGCUGGAAUGUGGGCUGUUCUGACAGUAGUGGUUGUAUUUGAAUUCAGUGUAGGUGCAACUCUCUACAAAAGUUUAAAUAGAGGAUGUGCUACAUUAUUAGCUGGUGCUUUAGGAGUUGGAGGGCAACACUUAGCUUCUGCUUGUGGAGAAAGAGAAAAACCUAUUGUCCUUGGGAUCCUAGUCUUCAUUCUAGCCGCGGGAGCUACUUUUUUCAGAUUUUUUCCAAAGAUCAAGGCAAGAUAUGAUUAUGGAUUGGUGAUAUUUAUUUUGACCUUCUGUUUAGUUGCUGUCUCGGGAUAUCGAGUGGAAGAACUCUUUGAACUUGCUCAUCAGAGACUUUCAACAAUUUUAAUAGGGGUAACAGCUUGCAUGGUCAUCUCCAUUUUCAUUUGUCCAGUAUGGGCAGGUGAAGACCUUCACAAGUUGGUAGCUUCCAACAUAGAAAAGUUGUCAAAUUACCUACAAGGAUUUGAAGUGGAAUAUUUUCAUUGCUCAGAGGAUAAAGAAAAAUGUGAGAAGUCAAUUCUUGAAGGAUACAAAACUGUUCUCAAUUCCAAAGCAAGUGAGGAGUCCUUGGCAAAUUUGGCAAGGUGGGAACCGGGACAUGGUGGUUUUCGUCUUCGACAUCCUUGGACACAGUACUUGAAGAUUGGAGUACUUACUCGGGAAUGCGCUUACAAGAUUGAAACCCUUAACAACUACCUUAACCCGAAAAUCCCUCAGACAUCUUUGGAAUUCAAAUGUAAAAUUCAAGAACCAUGCACAAAGAUGAUUUCAGAAUCAAACAAAGCGUUAAACGUUAUAUUUUCAUCAAUCAAAACAAUGACACAUCCAUCAGCUGCAAAAAGCCACAUCGAGAAUGCAAAAACUGCAGUUGAAGAGCUCAAAUUUACCCUUGAAACUGUUUCUUUGGAAGGAGCUGAACUCCUAUCCAUAAUUCCAGUUGUCACAGUAGUUUCAAUACUCAAAGAAAUCACCAAGUCAGUGGAAAAAAUAUACGAGUCUGUUUCCGAACUUUCUCACUUAGCCUACUUCAAGAGUGUUGCAGAACCCAAUGUGUCACCAGAGAAGUCACACCUUCUUCAUCGAGGUAUCAUAAAACCUGUUGUGGAUAUUGAAAACACAAUCGACCACGUUACAAUCACGAUCCCAGAAAUAACUACAGAUUCACCAGAAAAAGAAAAGACAGCAACAAAACCCUGCGAACGUAUGUAAAUAAUUGUCACUUACUUGAGGCUAGUAAUUGUCAUUGCUCAACUUUUUAUUCUUUUGUUGGGUUAACUAGUCUCCCAUGUAAUUUUACUCAUGUAGUGUUGAGUAGUUAAAUUAAGGUGAGAUGAUUUUUCGUAUUCUUACCUUAAUUUCAUUACUUUACGUUUUCUUUUCUGUUCUACUGACAGGUUGUGUUAGCUGUCAUUUGAUUUACUUAAUUAGCUGCAGAAAAGUAAAUGGUAA